UCCACGAACUCUUCGCUUCAACUAAUCUCUCUCUCUCUCUCUCUAAACUCCAAAAGCCUUUCCCUUUCUCUCUGCAUCACUCACUUCCGAAUGAAUGAUUAAACCCUCUCUCUCUCUCUCUCUCUAAUAUCUAUCUUAUCAAUCUCUUCAUGUACUCCGCUCCCUUUCUCUCUCUCUCUCUCUUGAACAUCUCUCAGUUCUCACACGCACUUCGUUAGCUUCUCUCUCUAGAAACUAAAGAAAAAGAAAGACCAUUUCUUGGGGUUCAAACAAAUGGCGGAGAUACAGCCUCCGGAGGCUCAGAUCAACGGCGGCGGAGGGGUUGGCGGCGCCGUUAGUGGCGGAGUCGGAGGAGGAGGAGGAGCGAUGUUAAUGGGACCUUCGGAGACCGUCGGAUCGAAGCGGCAGCGGAGGCCGAGCGUCCGAUUGGGCGACAUCGGAGGAGACCAGCCCUACGAUUCCCACGUCCGCCGCACUUCUAAGCAGUGGAAGCUCCCAAUCGAGCACCACCACCAUAGCCAGCGGACCAACAGAGACUUCGCCAAGACCUCCAAGACUCGACCUUUGAUCAACUUCAGCUCCGGCGGCGACGCUCUCGAUGCCCUAGACUUGGACGAGAGGGAAAUUAGGGACGCGAAUCUUGAGACCAUGGCGAUUGGGAGCUGGAAGCUCAAGGAUUCUAAGAAGCGAGGCUCGAUUUCCACCAAGAGGAUCAGAUCCAAUUGGAUUUCCCCCAAGCUCGACGACGGCGGCGGCGGCGGCGCAGACACCGGAGGAGCGGAAGGGGACGAGAAGUAUAGCGCCGGAGAGGACGUCGACGACGGGAAUAGGGAUUUCGAUGUCGAGAAUUCGGAGAGUCCGUUGAAGGAGCAGAGUCCGAUUCAUUCGCUGGAGAAUCUGGCGGUGGACGGCCAUGGGAUUGGCAACGAAAGGGAGGUGCUUUACCACGGGAAUCGGAGGCAAAUUAGGGCUAGGGUUUCGGACAACCAUGACGGCAUGGAAUUGUCGGGUCCUUCUGAUAACGAAGCGAGAGAAUGGAAAUGCGGAGACCGAAAUGGGAAUGGCGGAAGAGCGAGGUGUGAAGAAGAUGGGGUUAGGGUUUGGCUUAAUGGGUUAGGGCUUGGUCGUUAUGCUCCAGUUUUCGAAGUCCAUGAGGUUGAUGAUGAGGUUUUGCCAAUGCUAACUUUGGAGGAUCUCAAGGAUAUGGGGAUAAACGCAGUGGGUUCUAGAAGGAAAAUGUUCUGCGCAAUUCAGAAGCUUGGGAAGGGAUUUUCAUAGAGUUUUGUUGGGGAGGUUUUUUUGCUUUUGUUGCUGAAUGUUAGAAAAAGAACAAAAAAAUGAAGAAAGAUGCAAAAUUCUCAGCCAUGGCAAUGUAAGUGCAUGUCUGAAGUGAAAACUGGUUUGCGCUUUUGGUAUAAAGUUUUCCAACUUAGUAACA